UGCCCUGUGUCGCCAGGCCAGCCAUUUUGGUGAGUUAACAUGGCGUCGCCGCCGGAGAUUAAUAUGGCGUCCUCGGACAUAAUAACCGAAGUGGAGAUUCAACCGGACAUUCAGGAGGUCGAGAUAGAGGCGAUACCAGUGGAGAUACCGUGCGAGACAGUGGAGACGACGAUCGAGGGCGAGGACGGGCAGCCGAUGAUAGCGCUGCAACCGCUGCCGGAGCCGGGCCGCGAGGAAAUCAUACUGCAGACACAGGAAGAGAUCGUAGGCGCGGAUCCGCUCAGCGUGUACGACCAGAUCCCGGUGCCGGACAACGACAUUUAUGUCGAGUCCAGUCCCGGGCCGUCGCGUAAGGCCGCGAAGAAGGCGCGUAAGAGCGGCGGGGCGCGUUUCCGCGCGUCCGACCACGCAAUCUUUGGCGAGAUGGCCACCGAGACCAAGGCUAGGAAGUGGGAGCAGAAGCAGGUGCAGAUCAAGACGCUCGAGGGCGAGUUCUCGGUAACGAUGUGGGCGUCUGGCACGGACGACGGUAACAUCCUAUUAGCGCCUGACCUGGAUGUGGAUGUUCCAGAUGAAGGUUCGAAUCCAGAACCAGAUCCCGACUAUACGGAAUACAUGACGGGCAAGUCUAAUACCAAGUUCAACUCGAACAGUUCAGUAUCCGAUGGCAUGCCUGGCUUAGACCUCUCUGAUCCAAAGCAAUUGGCCGAGUUUGCUCGACCUGGUCACAAGUUGAAAGUGCGCAAACCACCAGUGAUGGACGGCGGGGAUCGAACGAUCGCAUGUCCUCACAAGGGAUGUACUAAGAUGUUCCGAGAUAACAGUGCAAUGCGCAAACACUUGCAUACGCAUGGACCACGUGUGCAUGUAUGUGCGGAGUGCGGCAAGGCUUUUGUCGAAAGUUCUAAACUUAAACGGCAUCAGCUCGUGCACACAGGCGAAAAACCAUUUCAAUGUACUUUUGAGGGAUGUGGCAAGAGGUUUAGUCUGGAUUUCAACCUUCGCACUCACGUCAGAAUCCAUACUGGCGAUCGACCGUAUGUGUGUCCGUUUGAUGGAUGCAGUAAAAAGUUUGCGCAAUCAACGAACCUCAAGUCGCACAUAUUGACUCAUGCAAAGGCCAAGUCACGGAACGCGAUUGGAAGACAAGUACAACAAAUUCAACUUCAACAGCCUCAAUUUGUCCAAGUUGAAGUUGCAGAUGUGGACAAUCAACAGUUCAUUGUCUACGCCGAUUAGCCCCCCUAAAUACUGAUCUCGUAUCUUUCCCGUUGAACACUACUACUGAAGUAUCGUAACCAUUAAUUAUUAAUCUAAACAAUGUAAAUACUUUUAUGGCGCGUACAAGUGAUGUGUAAUGGCUACACAUGACACGGACAGUCAGCUGUCUUAAGAGAAUUAAUGAAAGAUUUAAUCGAGUAAUACCUCUGUGUUUAAAUACGAAUUACUUGAGAAACGUUUGGAAUACUAUAUUAUCGUAAAACACGAGAGGGAAAAUAAAAUUUAAGAAACAUUUAAAAAAGAAAAAAGAUAAAAAAAAUAUAAUGUAUCUUCUAAGAUAAAGCUAGACUGUGUCGCGUACUGCUCAAUUUCUUAUUCUAUCAGGAGAAAUCGAGUGCGCUCGCAUACACAUAUACAUAUAUAUAUACACACAAGAUACACGUACACGAGACUGUAUAUAUAUAUAUAAAUAUAUAUAAGUACAAUUAAAAUAUUGUAUACAGUAUAUUUUGGAGAAAUUCAGAUGGGAAUAAACCACGAAGAUGCAUCUUUUUCCGUCGGACUCAAUUGUACCAUCUUGGUAAUAUACAACUUUUACACUGUAUAAUGCUAAGACUUGUUAAUAGUUAUUAAAGGAAGAAGGAAUUAUAUAUAUAUAUAUAUACGCGUACGCGUGCGUAACGCAUAUUAUGAAGUCCGUAAACAUCACGCAAAUCUUUAUCGUUUGGCAUCGUUUUUUCCUUAUCGAUGAUCCUUAUACCGCCAGGACAAUUGAUAUCGCGAUACGACGUUUGAUGGAUAUGGAAAGAAGGCAAAGUGAUAUACAUGGAAGGAAGAAAUUGUACAAAAGAAAGGUAUAUCGAAACCGCGGUAAUUGCAUCCGUGAUACUUGCAGUGACGUUGCGACUUGAAUGACUGGCGAUAAAAUUCGAAUCGUUGGCGAAUUCUCGACAUUUCGAGUAAGAAGCAAUACAGCUAUCGGUAGAUUUAAUAUUGAUUAGAAUAAAAUGAUUAUUGCGUGCAUCUCUCAUUAUUGUCAUCAAUCAUGUUUAUCCGCAUAUCAUAAUUUUAUACGCGCGAUGUUGUAACAAGCAUAAGUGUACAUGUGCACCAACCUGCAUUGAAUUAGGUGGACUUUGGAUUAUUUGUUUAAAUCCUGUAAAGUAUAUAUCUAUACUUUCAUAAAGAAAAAAAAGAUUUUACUUUGCAGCUGUA